AUGUCCAGCGCUGAAAACAAACGUAGAACUAAAUAUAUAUCCAGAACAUUGAAUCCAGAGUGGGAACAAGUAGUGUUUUAUAGAAAUAUUCACCCAUUGGAUUUGCAAAAGAAAAGUGUUGAGUUUACUGUUUGGGAUUAUGAUAGAUUUUCACCAAAUGACUUCAUGGGAGAGGUACUCAUCGAUUUGACAGACAAUCAUUAUUUAGACAAUAGACCACGCUGGUUUAAGCUGCAUGAACAUGAUGAAAACAACAGUGCUGAACUUCCGAAGCCUAAAACGCUUUCUCCCACUAUGAGUCGACGCAGACAACAUUCCACGGCAGCUCCAAUCGCUUUGCAAAAAAGUCGCAGUCACACCGAUGUCAUGGAUGAUCAGCCAAUUAUGGAACACCGACAGGGCUCUAGAAUUGACCAAAAGGCUCGUUCUCUCACCCAGCUUGCUCAAACGGAAAGCAGUGAAAACGCCAAGGAUCAACCCUAUGGUACCACUCCUUUGAAGGCCAAACGUCCUCAUAUGCAGUCUUCUUUCUGGAAAGAAGAUCCCAUAUCCAAGACGAUUGCUCACGUAACCGACUGCCCUGUUAAUUUAGAAAAUGAGCGGCAGAAGACUGCCACCACUACCCCCAUUACGUUUUCAUCAAGUACACUACCUUCAGCCAGAUCCAGUUCCACUAUACGUACAAGAUCGUCCCGCAAAGAUUAUUCUCCGGACGAGCCCCAUGACGCUGCACGGGUCGCACUUGCUGCGGCCGAAGCAGUCGUACUACAACUACAGCCAGCACUGACAGAACAAGAAAGUCAAUACUAUAACGCCCCUCUGCAGAUCCAAAAACCAUACAUCAGUGAUGAAACUAUACAGUUAGGCGCCAGCCAACUGGAGCCAUCAACUGAUAUACCAAUCAGAAGAACGCUUUCAGCAGGAGAUGCUACACCGUCCAUAGAACAUUUAGCCAGCACGAGUAUAUUGCGAAGAAGGCAUGGCUACGGAUCCAGCGAUACAACAGACAGCAGUGAAACCGGAACACCUCGUUCUAGUAGGCAUAGUAGCAGGGACAGAUCACGUUCCAAGACAUCGCCACACAGAACGAUACGCGAAGAAAGUGUAACUAGCACCAUAUCAUCGUAUUAUACAGCAACCGAUUCCGCUAUGCCUUCAAUGAAUUAUGGUCAAGCAGACAGUUACCACAUGCCGCCACUACAACCAAUAACGUCGGCGCAUGCACAUACCGAGGAACACGGCCGUGAUAUGUCACCAGGAACACAUCAAUAUGGCAAAGAAUCGAAACGAUCCCCAAGUCAUCACCAUCACCAACACAGAAGUCAUUCUCGGAGCAAACAUGAAAAGCAUCGAUCUCGUUCUAUUGAAACCAAUCAAUUUCCCACGGAGCAUAUGGGACAAUUUUCAACUCAUUCGUUGCCAAGCAACGUCUCAUUUACAAGAACACCAUCAGAAACGUACAUACCCAAUCUCGAUUGUAGAUCAGAGGCAAUGUUGGAUGCACACACAUCCGGAUAUAGUGAUACGCCAUGGAUUGCCAGGCAACCACCUGGAGCCCAAGAUAUUCACAUGAACACCAAAGCAGCAAUGUACACAAGAAUGUUACUUGGAGACCUUGGUCCCGGCCAGGUUAUCGACCCAGAAAUGCCCAGUAAGCCUAUGAACAUUAAACAUUUCGCAGCCGAUGUUUGUGAUUUAUUAAUUAACCCACGUUGGCGUUGCUCAUAUACAACAUUUAUCAGGAAUACAACCCACACCAAUCCACAUGUCCAUUAA